CGGGUUACAAACUCCUGUAACCGAGCUCAGCAGGGAGAGAAGAAACAGUCUUUCAAUUAUUUACACACCAGUACCUGAUACAACAUACAGUUACAUGGAAGACAAAGAAUCGCAAGUAAAGACGAAGAACCGACUCAUGGUGAUGUACAUGGAUUUGCUAUGAGUUGCCAUAAUGAAGACUCGAGAUUUUGCCUAGAUUAAAUUGUCAAAUUGUAGCAGCGUAAUCCACGGUCCCUUUACUCACCCUCCGCAUCCGGUUUGAUUUGAACGAAAGACGUCAUUAUGGACUCCUUCAGUACUAAGAGCCUGGCCCUUCAGGCCCAGAAGAAGCUGAUGAGCAAGAUGGCCACCAAGAGCAUGGCUAACCUCUUCAUCGACGACACCAGCAGCGAGGUGCUGGACGAGCUCUACCGCGUUACGAAGGAGUACACGCACAACCGCAAGGAGGCCCAGAAGAUCAUCAAGAACCUUAUCAAGAUGGUGGUGAAGCUGGGAGUCCUCUACCGCAACAACCAGUUCAGCGGGGAGGAGCUGGUACUGGUUGAGAGCUUCAGGAAGAAGGUCCACACACUGGCUAUGACGGCUGUCAGCUUUCACCAGAUCGAGUUCACGUUCGACCGGCGCGUGAUGAGCGCCAUCCUGAACGAGUGCCGCGAGUUGCUGCACCAGGCCAUCAACCGCCACCUGACGGCCAAGAGCCACUCGCGGGUCAACCACGUGUUCAACCACUUUGCCGACUGUGACUUCCUCGCUGCGCUCUACGGGCCGUCUGAGGUGUACCGCGGCCACCUGCAAAGGAUCUGUGACGGCGUCAACAAGAUGCUGGACGAGGGCAACCUUUGACCUCUCCCCAGGACCUUUUGACCCCUCCCCCUUUAACCUUUUGAGGCAUUACCUGGUAGUGUGAAAUCCACCACGGGGUUGCCUUGUUGGCUUGCAUUGUUGUUGUUUUUAAGAGACUGACGUGAUGCAUAUUGUAUGUGGACAUUUACAGUUGAUGUCGGAAGUUUACAUACACUUAGGUUGGAGUCAUUAAAACUAGUUUUUCAACCACUCCACAAAUUUCUUGUUAGCAAACUAUAGUUUUGGCAAGUCUGUUAGGACAUCUAAGUAAUUUUUCCAACAAUUGUUUACCGAUAGAUUAUCACUUAUAAUUCACUGUAUCACAAUUUCUGUGGGUCAAAAGUUUACAUACACUGAGUUGACUGUGCCUUUAAACAGCUUGGACAAUUCCAGUGAAUGAUGUUAUGGAUUCUGAAUGGCUAAUUGACAUCAUUUGAGUCAAUUGGAGGUGCACCUGUGGAUGUAUUUCAAGGCCUACCUUCAAACUCAGUGCCGCUUUGCUUGACAUCAUGGGAAAAUCAAAAGAAAUCAACUAAGACCUCAGGAAAAAGGUUGCAGACCGCCAAAAGUCUGGUUCAUCCUUGGGAACAAUUUCCAAACGCCUGAAGGUACCACGUUCAUCUGUACAAAUAAUAGUAUGCAAGUAUAAACACUAUGGGACCACGCAGCCAUCAUACCGCUCAGGAAGGAGACUCGUUCUGUCUCCUAGAGAUGAACGUACUUUGGUGCGAAAAGUGCUGUUUGGUCAUAAUGACCAUCGUUAUGGAGGAAAAAUGGGGCGCUUGCAAGCUGAAGAAUGCCAUCCAACCGUGAAGCACAGGGGUGGCAGCAUCAUGUUGUGGGUGUGCUUUGCUGCAGGAGGGACUGGUGCACUUCACAAAAUAGAUGGCAUCAUGAGGAGGAAAAUUAUGUGCGUAUAUUGAUAUUCAACAUCUCAAGACCUCAGUCAGGAAGUUAAAGCUUGGUCGCAAAAGGGUCUUCCAAGUGGACAAUGACCCCAAGCAUAUUUCCAAAGUUGUGUCAAACAGGUUUAAGGACAACAAAGUCGAGGUAUUGGAGUGGCCAUCACAAAGCCCUGACCUCAAUCCUAUAGAGAAUUUGUGGGCAGAACUGAAAAAGUGUGUGAGAGCAAAGAGGCCUACAAACCUGACUCAAUUGCACCAGCUCUGUCAGGAGGAAUGGGCCAAAAUUCAUACAACUUAUUGUGGGAAGGCUACCCGUAAUGUUUGACCCAAGUUAAACAAUUUAAAGGCAAUGCUACCAAUACUAAUUGAUUGCAUGUAAACUUAUAACCCACUGGGAUUGUGAUGAAAGAAAUAGAAGCUGAAAUCAUUCUCUCUACUAUUAUUCUGACAUUUCACGUUCUCAAAAUAAAGUGGUGAUCCUACCUGAUCUAAAACAGAGAUUUUUUACCAGGAUUAAAUGUCAGGAAUUGUGAUAAACUGAGUUUAAAUGUAUUUGGCUAAGGUGUAUGUAAACUUCCGACUUCAACUGUACUUACUUUUGUGUUUUCGUGUGUGUCCUUCCGACAUUACUGUACAACACUGAAGGAUGCUUUAGUUAGUCUGAAGUUUCUUCUAGCUUCUUUCUUUAAAGGAAAAACAUGGACUUCUCCAGUGAACGUAGAACACAAGCUCUUGUCAAUCAUUUCUGGACUGAGGACUUCACCAGUGCCUUGGCAAUGUCUUUUUUUCCUAUAUAGACCAAGGGGUGUCUGUUCCCCCUGGCAACAAGGCAUGAUUCCAACCACAGCGUAAAGGUCGUAUGUGUGAGUGGUGAAUUGAAUGGGCUGAAAUGCUUUUAGAGCAAAAGAAAGAGGACAAUUAUAGAUUUUAACCUACUUCAGGACAACUAUAAGGGACUCUGUAUUUAGAAACAGGAGUGCUACUUGAGGUUAAACAAGCACUGUAGUUUGUUUGUAAUAAUAAACAUUCUAGUAAAAAAUCAUGAGCUGAUGCACACCCAAAAAUAUUUGUAGAGGUGCAGAGGUGUUACUUAUUUUUAUGUAACAGUUCACAUAACAGACCAAUAAUCCAGAUUCAGCAUCCACAUGGCCUCUAUAUCCUAAGGAAGUCUGUACUGUGUUUGGAACAAAAUACCUGUAUUGCCUGCUUUGGCCCCAAUUACCUGUGUCAUUGAGCUGCUCACUCAUCAGCUCGUUAACCUCAUCUGAGCUGUACUGAACCCACCGCCCAGCAAAUACUUUGAUUUCUGUAAAUGUCUCUGCACAGGUGAGAGACUCCAUGUACAGUCAUGUUAAUGACUGGAGGAUAUGGGAAAGGGAAGUAGCUUCCUACAUGAGGUUCUCUUUGUUGGUGAGAUCCAGGCUGUUUCGUCACAUAGCAUAGGGAGAGACUAAUAUAGAUUAGAGCAGAGACCAAAACAAUACCUGAUUGUACCUUCCAUGAUUCCAUAUAAUUAAUCCCCUACUCUGUGCCAAUAAUACAGAUAAUCCACUUCGCUCCAACACCCCAUCCCCCUUUAAUGUGAUUGAGAUCCCCGUCUCUGCUUGAUGCAAGUCCUAUUUGGGGCGAAUUUCUUUUGUAUUUUUUAUGAACAAUUUAAAUUGUUAUUUAGAAUUAUAUCCUACUAUCCUGCACAUAAUGUAUGUUAUUUUUGUUUAUCUAGACCUAUCUCUGCGUGUUUGUAUGGCUGAGCCUGUCUAGGAGACUGUUUGUGCUGUGGCCUCAUUUAGUAUUCUCAGUGACCGUGUAUACCUGUGAGGAGCAGCAGCAGAGUUGUAAUGAGCACUGUGUCCUCCAGGAUCUACUCUGUCACGGAAACCUCCCUCUUCUGUACUGUAGCAGCUUUGCCAAAGAGGAAAGCAAUCUCACAAUUGUGAAAAUUAUAUUUUCUAAAGGAACAUACCUAAGGAAAACCGUAUGCACAAGAUGAUGAAUGUCAUGUUUUAAAAUUUUACACUCUGUUUUUUCCGUACCUUUUGUGUUGUCUCCAUUUUGACUUAAUUGUUAUUUGUUAUAUCCCCCUAUGUCUGGGGGAGUUGCAGUAAGUGAAUGCUCACAGGACUAGAACAUUGAUGUCCCAGAAUAUUUGAGCUAGUUUAGAACUUAAAUGUCAAAGAUUCCAUUCUUCCCAAUAUCAACACUUCUCAGGGUUAAGUCUUAGAGAGCUUGUACUCAUGAAAAACUUAAUGAAAAAAUUUGACCAAUUUGUCUUCAUACAUUUCAGAUAAGCUUACGAUUCUUAAGUCAUGUUGUAUUUUUACCGAUGGAUUGUGAAAUUGGAUUGUGAUGUAUAUGUUGUUUUAGUGUCCCUUCUCUUUACUAGAUAUGACAAAUAUGUAAAUUAAUACUCCUUUUUUUUAAUCAAUAAAUUCUUUCUUUUCUUGAUUAAAGCACCAGUCUCUUUCCAGCUCGAUGCUAAAUUUCAGCAGCUAGAUCAGAAUGUAAUCUGUGUGCGUCUGACCUGGAUUGGGUCAGCCAAAUCCCUUCCGCCUGCCUUCCGACAUUGUUAGCCAUGUUCCUAAAGUAAACACAAGCCUAACUUCCUGACAAACAA